GUGUCAUUUUACACCUGGAGGUCGAACCUUUUUGGCUUUGUGGACCCCUGAGCAACUUUUAUAUAAAACAUUUUUAAAAAUGAAUCCCUAAAUUUGUCAAAUAAUUUAUUGAUUUGUCAGAUAAACCCAUUAAUUUUCAAAUAAAUCUCGAAAUGUUCAAAUAAUCCAUUAAUUUGUCAAAAAAUGUAUUGAUUUGUCAAAUAAAUACAGUUAUAAGCACAUAAUAAGCACAUACAUUUUUAGCGAAUCCCAUUAAUUAGUCAAUUGAAUCCAUUAAUUUUUCAAACACAAACUGUGUGUCCUGUGGUGAGUUAUCUGGCUCCCAGGUGAGGUUACCUGUCAGGGGAAAGCCGACAGUUUGGGCUGUUUACAAACUCUUGGUCUAAAAGUAAAAACUAAUUUAUUAAAGAAAUGUUUGACAAUAAAGAAUCAAUGAAAACAAAUGAAUAAAACCUCCUCAGUUAAAUAACAGUUAAAUGAAUCAGUCAGACCUUGAACCUAAACAUGCUGUAAGACCUGCUGUCACUGUUUCACUUGUUUUUACUCCCAAAUAUAAUAAUGUUAAUAUUUGUAUAGUGAGAUGAUGCAAAGAGCUGAACUUCCCUGUUCCCGAAAUGUUUCCUGAAACGUUCCGACCAUGUUUAUGAGAAUUAUUUAUAUGUUGUAACAUGUUUUCAUUUCACCUCUGUCUGUCUGUCUGUCUGUCUGUCUGUCUGUCCUCAGUGGGAGCUGGAGAGGUCUGUAACUUCGCCGCCUACAUGUUCGCUCCGGCCACGUUGGUGACGCCACUCGGCGCUCUGAGCGUCCUCAUCAGUGCGGUUCUCUCCUCCUACCUGUUGGGGGAGGUGUUGAACGUCGUCGGGAAGCUUGGCUGUGUGCUGUGUGUGCUGGGGAGCAUCUUGUUGGUCAUCCACGCGCCACAGGAACAGGAAGUGACAUCACUGCAGGACAUGACCAAUAAGCUGCUGGAGCCCGGUUUCCUUGUGUACGUGUCGGCCGUGUUUUUGCUGUGUGCAGUGCUCGUCUUCUAUUUCUCUCCUCGGGUCGGGAGCUCCAACAUCCUGGUCUACAUCAGCAUCUGCUCGCUGCUGGGAGCCUUCACCGUCUCCUCCGUGAAGGGCCUCGCCAUCGCCAUCAACACCGGUGAGACACAAACACACUUUAAAUGUUAUAUCAAUGAAGGGAGUUUAAAACAAAGGCCAGAAUAUUGCAAAGCAUGAAGCUCGCUCAGUAGUGAGGGACGCUCUGACUUGUUUUUGUUCUGAAUCGACUCUUCGCCAUUUAAAACUGCUCCACAACAAACGAAAACAAAGAAUUAUUAAAAUGAUAUCUGAAAACCAAACACACACUAAACACACAUUAAACACAUUAAACACACAUUAAACAUGGCUUAAUAGAGACAGUCUCAAACACAAAUCAGCUUCAUUAUAUCUCGCAGCAUUCACAGACAAACACUUGUCUUUAUCUGGACACAUUUUCCCCACAAAUACAACAUGCUAACAUUAUUAGCACAAGCCUAUGGCAUUUUACAUUGUAUAAAUUAGCCUAGCAGCUAGCGAUCUUUUCCUCUUCUCAU